AUGGGAAGUUGCAUCGGGAAAAGAGCAAAAAUCACAGUCAGAGGGAUUGAACAAAAAUCGAAUUAUGUCGUGAACAAUAUCGUGCUUGACCGCUGAACUGAGCCACAGGUAAAAUUAUUAAGUUCAAGAUUUAAUCAAUAUAAAGGAGUUCAAGGAAUUGAUAAGAAAGGGUUCACCCAAAUUUUUCCUGGGAUAAACAAUUUUCCUCAUGCAGUUAUAAGUCGUUGCUUUUCGAUAUUUGAUGAUUUUGGAUAUGGAAUAAUUUCUUUUAGAAGCUUUUGUGUUGGUCUUGCACAGGUAUUGCUUGCGAAUAAGGAAGAAAAGGCUGAUUUUAUUUAUAAGAUUUAUGAUAUUGAUAGAGAUGGUGUUUUAAAAGAAAACGAAUAUGAACUGUUUAUAAAAUCUGCUUCAGAAAACGAGUGUUUAAGAAAUCUCUCUAAGAAUCCAUCGGAAAAUAUUUCUCUUCAUAAGGAAAAAUUAGGCCCAGCACCUCUUAUCAAAGAAGUAUUUGUUGUUUGGGCGCUAAGGAACUUAGAACUUGAUUUACUUCUUAGGCCAUUUGAAAUAAUUCCAAGUGCUCACACAGAAAGAGAUGUAAUAACAAAAUUAUUAACUGAAGUAUUGGAAGUUGGAGAAACUGUUUUUUUGAUAUCAAGCCAAUGGUGGGAAGUUUGAAAGAAUUAUGUUAAUUUUGAAAAUGAAGAAGCAAACAUUGAAGAAAGCAACAAUGAAUUUGGAUCAAUUUCCCCAGUCAACAGACAAAAAACAGUGGCUUUUGGAGAUAAGCCUGUCGGAAUUGAUAAUUCAAAUUUAUUAUUGCACGACUCAAAAUUCAAAUUAAAGCCGACAAUUAAAUAUAAGCGAGACUUUAUAUGACUAAAGCCUAACUCCCCCCCCCCCCUCCGUGAGCGAACAAAAAAAAUUUUGUUCGCUCACGGAGGGGGGUUAAUUUUUUUUUUUUAAAAAAAAAUUUUAUAUAUAAAUUUUAUAUAAAAAAUAUUUUUUUCGAAAUUUAAAAAAAUCCUAAUUUGCAAAAAUUGGGAAGCAAAUAUUAAUUUAAUUUGCAAAAUUUAUGUUUUAAAACGCAAUUUGUUUAAAAUUAAACAGAAUUAGCUCUAGAUUUCAUUAUACUAAUUAUCACUUAUAUAUCAAAAUUUUUUUCCAUUAAAAUUUUUUCUAUUAAAAAAAAUUUUUGUUCACUCACGGAGGUGGGGUUUUUGGUCAAAAAAUGGCGAUUUUUCUAAUGGUUUUGUUCGCUCACGGGAGGGGGGGGGGAGUAAGGCAUGGGAAAGCUUAUUCAGUUGGUAUGGAGGAGGUCCACCUAUUGCCCGAAAAAUCAUCCUGGAUCGUGAAAAACCAAAAAUCGAAUUGUUUCCCAUUUUAGUUGCCAUCAUUCCAGUAUCAAAGCAAGGUCAAAUUGCUAAAGAGCAUAAAAAAAGCUUGCUCGCUUCUAAAAAUGAUAAAAUUUCAAUGUUUAUGGAAGCAGCCUGCAAACUCUUCAAUGUUCAAGCUGACAAUUCCCGAAUUUGAAUUAAAUCUGGAGAAAAUUGGGAAGUAGCUGACUUAAAUUUAACUUUUACUGAAGCACGACAAUUAGAAGACUGUGAAAUUCUCCUGGAAACUGCAACUAAUGAAAAAAAUUCCAAGACAUGGCCAAGAGAUUGCAUAAAAAUUGAAGAAGAGCUGAAAGCAGGGGACAUUGUGCACGUGAGGAGAGGGUCAAAUUCUAGCAUUGAUGGCAUCAUUUUGAAUAUUCAAGAAGAUCGAGUUACAGUAAAAGUUGCUGAUAAAACAGAAAAUGUCCCAAUAUCAGAAAUCACUAGUGCAAGGUCUUCUAAUUCAAAGCCCAGCCAAGUUCAGACUCCGAUUCCUGGUAUUGUCGGGCUAAUUAAUGUUGGAAACACAUGCUAUAUUAAUUGUAUAAUACAAUCACUAUCUCAUACACCAUUGCUAAAAACAUUUUUAAGCAGCGAAGCAAUCCUUAGCCAAAUUCACACAGAAAGGGACGCUGAGAAAGGCAAAGUUACCCUUGAGCUAGCAACUAUAAUUAGAGAAAUGUGAAGCCAGAGAGCAUUGAAAAUUAGCCCAAGCAAGUUUAUAAAAGCAUUUACCAAAAUUUAUUCGAUUUUUGAAGGAAACAUGCAGCAUGACUGUCAUGAGUUUUUGAGCUUAUUUAUGGAUAGGCUGCAUGAAGAUUUAAUAAGGAUAGGUGACGAAGUUGCUAAUAAAACGAUUGUUGUGGAAAAUCCUAUUGAUAAGUUCACUGAAAUCAGAGAAGCUGACGAACAAUGGAGAAAACUGCAGGGAAACCAAGGCUCUGUUAUAACAGAUUUAUGUGGAGGGCAAACCCGAACGACGCUUCGCUGCUCAAGCUGCAAAAGCAAAAGAGUCUUAUUUGAAAUCUUCACAAACCUCAGCCUUCCGAUACCAAUAAGUAUGAGCAUCCCUUUAUAUAUCACUGUGAUUCCACUAAAAGGAGCAAUUCAAAUGAUCGGAAUUAUGAUUUCUAACUCCCCCCCCCCUCUGUGAGUGAACAAAAAAAUUUUGUUAACUCACUGGGGUUAAUUGUUUUUUUAAAAAAUUUAUAUAUAAAUUUUAUAAAAAUUUUUUUUUUUCGAAAUUUAAAAAAAAUCCUAAUUCGCAAAAAUUUGGAAAGCAAAUAUUAAUUUAAUUUGCAAAAUUUAUGUUUUGAAAAGCAAUUCGUUUAAAAUUAAACAGAAUUAGCUCUAGAUAUCAUUAUACUAAUUAUCAUUUAUAUAUCAAUUUUUUUCCAUAAUUUUUUUUUCUAUUUAAAAAAAUUUUUGUUCACUCACAGAGGGUGGGUUUUUGGGCAAAAAAUAGCGAUUUUUCUAAUGGUUUUGUUCACUCACGGAGGGGGGAGUAAGUAUGUUCAGGUUGACGAUCUAUUAGCUGAAAUUAGUGAAAUGUCAAAAAUAAACAAGGAAAGCCUUUAUCUUGCAGAGCUUAGCAAUAAGUCUCAAUUAUCUCAUUUUGAUUCUCAUAAAAAUGAAAUUCUCGUUCGAUUGGGUAUCACUACAAGGUCUAAUCUGUAUGCUUAUGAAGUGAUUCGAACUGUCCAAGAAGCAGAAACCAUAGGCGGCAAAAAGGUUCUUCCUCCACAGGUUCAAGGAAUCAAUGAUUUUAGAAUUGGAGACCAAGUAGAUAUUGAAACAGCACAUGGUUGGGGGACAGGCCGCAUCAAAGAUAUCCGCCAAGUGAAUGGAAAAUUUGAAUAUUUAAUCAUCUUUGAUUUAGAAAUCCUGAGGUCUGACUGAGUUCUGCAUUCUCAAGUAGCUCAGUUCCGAUCACACACAAAGCCAGAUAACCCAUCUACUCUGCAAAUUCUCCUUGCUAAUACAGCUAUUGUCAAUGGAGUUCGUGAACCUAUUGGCAUGCCGUUUAUUCUCUCCAUUGGAAACUGGUACACUUUAGCUGAUUUAUUUGAUUUAGCAAUCAAAAAUGCUUGUAGACUUUUCAAAAGAGAAUAUGAACAUGAGCUAAGAGGAAACAGGAACAUCAAUGACUUUUUUCAGCUUGUAAUUAUUGACCCAGCCACACUUGGCUGUGGAAACUGCAGGAAAUGUUCAGGCUGUCCUUUGCCAAGAAACAAGUCAGAUGUAAAAGUGUUUGGAACCAAUAUGCAAAGAGUUGGCUUAGCAUUAGACUGAAACCAAAGAUAUUUUUCAGGCGAAAUUAAAGAGCAUCGCAGCUUCAAAGAAGUUAGGGCAAAAGAAGAGCAGCUUUUCCAGCCCAUUGACAUUUCACUCUGCCUAAAAGCCUUUACUGAAGAAGAAAAGCUUGAUGGGAGCUGUGAAAAAUGUGGGGAAAAAGAGAUGAAGAUGCAUAUGGAAAUAUGAAGAACUCCUGAUAUAUUAAUUUUGUCACUGAAAAGGUUCUCAUAUCAAGAUGGAUGCCUUGAAAAAAUUGACCAAGACGUCAGUUUCCCAAUUUUUGCUUUCGAUAUCUCAGAAUGAGUAAAAGGCAUCGAAAGCUCUAAUGGGUUAACACUCAGCACAACAGCUCUCCAGAAUGCAUAUGAUUUAUAUGCCAUUGUCUACCACUCAGGAAGCAUCACUGGAGGGCAUUAUACAGCAACGUGCCAGAAUUACGAGUCUGAAGAGCAAAAAUGGUUUCAUUUUGACGAUGAUUAUGUAUUUGAACUUGUUGAUGGAACUGAAGAUUCCAUUCCUAUAAGAAAUGCAUAUAUGUUAUUCUAUAGGAGACGCAAAUUCUCCUCAAGUAAUGUUAUUAACCUAGCUUAUCAAUGUGGCUAA